AUGGUCAUGUGACUUAAGCGAUUUCUUCAUCAAGCUAAUAAGCAAGAUUUUCUUACUCCCCCCCCCUCCGUGAGUGAACAAAACCAUUAGAAAAAUCGCUAUUUUUUGCCCAAAAACCCACCCUCCGUGAGUGAACAAAAAUUUUUUUAUAGAAAAAUUUUUUAUGGAAAAAAAAUUUGAUAUAUAAAUGAUAAUUAGUAUAAUGAAAUCUAAAACUAAUUCUGUUUAAUUUUAAACGAAUUGCUUUUUAAAACAUAAAUUUUUAUAAAUUAAAUUAACAUUUGCUUUCCAAUUUUUGCGAAUUAGGAUUUUUUUUAAAUUUCGAAAAAAAUAUUUUUUAUAAAAUUUAUAUAUAAAUUUUUUUAAAAAAAAAAAAUUAACCCCCCUCCGUGAGUGAACAAAAUUUUUUUGUUCACUCACGGAGGGGGGGGGAGUUAGGGAUAUCAAGUCCUUUUCAAAAAUUGCACAAAAUGAGCCAAGUAAUGUCCAAGUAAGAAGGAAAUUCCAAAAUAUGGUCAAUUACUAUAAAGAUGUGUAUUUACAAUUUAAUAGUGACCCAGAAGUUUUAUGUACACUUUCUUAUUGGGCAAACAAGAUUGGAUCGCAUGAUGCAAAGCUUUGGGAGUUAAUAGACAAAGAAAUUCCUAACGCUUUAGAAGUCAUAAGAGGAAAAUCAUUAGUCCUAUUGGCCCAUGGGGUAAUUGGAAGACCUGAAGCUGAAAAAGUAUUUUUAAAUCAUGUUAUUGCAAGAAUUGAUGAGCUCUCACCUAGAGAAUUAGCUGAGAUUGUAAAAACAUUACCAAACUCUGAACUACUGAAUAUUUUAGCAAGUGACUAUACUAAAAUUUUAAUUGGAAAUGGGCUGGAUUUGCUGUUUUAUGUGACUGCCUUUAAUGAUCCUGGAGUUUUAGACUAUCUAGAAACUAAAUUUUAUGAAAUGCUGCCUAAUCUUAAUAACAUGCAGACAAUAUUAGGUAUCGUCUAUGAGCUUUCGAAUAAAGAGCGUGUAAUAAAGUAUGAAACAGUUUAUUUGCUUGAACAAAAAAUCAUUAAUUCAGCUAAAGAUUUAAAUCUGAAAGACAUUAACCACACCUUACAAUUAUUCCAAAAAAAAUAUUUUUGGGGAAUAGUUUCUAAAGAAUUCUGGGACAAUUUUGAAGAAAUUGUAAAAAAUUCUUCAGAGAAAUUCCCAAUCGCUAUUGUAAUGAGCUAUUGCUCAAAAAACUUAUUUUUCAGGCCAGCACUGUUUGAGUAUUUAAAAAAUAAAUGAAUAGAACAAGUUGAAUUAAAUAAAGAAGUCGAGGUCUUUAGAGAAGGAUUUAGAGCCCUAGCCAAUACCCCAUAUUUUACUGGGGGACUAAUGGAGUGAAGCAAGCAUCAUAUAUUGAAAAUGAUGAAUAAAUUUAAUGGAUAUGACACAGUUACUAUGAUGAAAGCGCUUACACUGAUUAGUAAUUAUGAUCCUGAAAUCUGGAAUCCUUUUAUUGAGAGAUUUUCUAGAUAUAUUUAUAAGAAAAUAAAUGAUAAAGAAAGAUUGAUUGCACACAAUAUUUCUGUUUGUCUUGAUAUUGACAAGCCUGAUGGGUAUAGCCUAUAUCAUUAUAUAAGUUUUUUAUCGAACAAAAUGUAAUGGACUUUUGAAUGGCCACUGAAUCUCUAUACCAGGAAGUGUUAAAAAGUGGCAUGUCAAAAAAUCGUUAAUAAUUGCGAAAAACUCAAAAAUUUUAAAAAAUAACUUUAUUAUUAAAUUAUAUUUAAAUUUAAGAUACUCAUUUUAGAGUGACAUUGAUUAAAAUCUUGCUUAUAUUUUAAAAUAACAAUGCCAAUUUGUUUAUGAUAAAAUUCUCUAUAAAUCCAAAAUUUUUAUUAAACUCAUUUUGUUCUUAAUAACUCUGCGAACAAAACCAUUGGAAAAAAUCCCUAUUUUUUGCCCAAAAACUCACCCUACGUAGACGAACAAAAAAUUUUUUUAAUAUAAAAAUUUUAUAUAUAAGUGAUAAUUACUAUAAUGAAAUCUCUAUUAAUUUUGUUUAAUUUCGAAAAAAUUAAAUUUAAAACAUAAUUUUAGCAGAUUAAAUAAAUAUUUGCUUUCCAACUUUUGCGAAUUUGGAUUUUUUAAAAAUUUAUAUUUAAAUUUUUUAAAUAAUAAAUUAACCCCUCUAUGAGCGAACAACAUUUUUAUAUUCGGGCAUGGAAGGGGGGAGUUAGCAAAUCUAAAUGGAUUUAAAAAUUAACAGCUUAUCAAUCGAGCUGCUUUUUUUUGCAGAAGGAUAAAAUUUCAAAUAAAUAAUGAUAAUUUGAUUUUAAUAACUAUAAAAAGCCAAAAUUUGUAGUAAUGUCCGUUGCUCUUUAUUAGAUUCUUAAUGGCUUAUAUUAAUGCUCACUAGCAAAUUUAAAUUGACUUAAAAAUUAAAAUCUUAUCAAUCGAGCAGCUUUUUUGCGGAAAUAAAUUUUUAAAAUAAAUAGUGUUUUAUAUUUAUUUAUUAUCUCCAGUCUAAAGGGGGUAUCUUAAUAAUAAAGCAUUGUUAAAAAUUGGCUCGUUUGCUUGCAAACUUUUUUUCCCCACUUAUUAACCAUUUUUGACAUUUAUAAGAUCCAGCUCGUCCCUUGAGAGAGUCAAUCUUUGUCAUUCAAUAGCUCAGAACAAUUUGUUCAAUAAAUAAAUCUAUAAAGGGUUUGGGGUAUAUUUAGAAUGGAAAGAAAAAAUCAUAGGAAAUAUUGGUGAUUCUUAUAAGAGUGUGCCGGAUAAUAGAAUAAAAGGAAAAUAUGAGCGGAUAAUCUUGGAUUUUCUGAAGGACAAAGGAUUUGAAGCUGUGACUAAUUGCAGAGUUAAUGAAUUGUACGAGGUGGACUUGAUAAUGCCUGAAAAGAAAAUUAUCGUUGAAUUUUUAGGGAAACCUUGACAUAUUUCUCACUGACCCCCUGCAUGAGCGAACAAAACCAUUGGAAAAAUCCCUCUCUGCGAACAAAAAUUAUAUAAGAAAAAAAAAUUGAUAUAUAAGUGAUACUUAAUAUAAUAAAACCUCUAGCUAAUUCUGAUUAAUUUUGAACAAAUUGAAUUCUAAAACAUAAAUUUUACAAAUUAAAUUAAUGCUUGCUUUCCAAUUUAUGCGAGUUAGGAUUUUUUUAAAUUUUGAAGAAAAAAAAUUAACCUCCCUUUGUUAGCGAACAAAAAUGUUUUGUUCGGUCACGGCGUGUGGUGAGUCAGCAUAAUAUGCAAAUUGACCCGCAAACGCAACAAAAAUUUCGCCAUUUGAAUAUACUAGGGUGGAAUGUUAUAGGAAUAUCAGAAAUGGAUAAUUUUGAGAUUUCAUUGAUAAAUGCUCUGAAUUCUUUACUCUCCCCUCCGUGUUCGAGCAAAAUUAUUGAAAAUACCUAUUUUUUUCCAAAACCCCACCUUCUGUAAGCAAACAUUAAUUUUUUUUUAUAAAAAAUUUUUAUAUAUAAGUAACUAUAAGCAUUAUGAAAUCUCUAGCUAAUUCUAUUUAAAAAAAUUAAACAAGUUAAUUUAAAACAUAAAUUUUACAAAUUAAUCUAAUUUUUAUUUCUCAAUUUUUAUAAAUUCAAAAAAAAAAACUAUAAAAUUUAUAAAAAACAUAAUUAAUCCCCUCCUUGGGAACAAAAUUUUUUUGUUUCGCUUGCAGAGGGGGAUUAGAAAAUCAACAAAAUAAUCCACAAUUCAUACACAUCGAUAAGUAA